GUCGGGAUCAGCGGCUCGGACGAGAGCCGGGUCGAUUUAGUGGGGCGCAUUUUUACCACACACCGAAUUUUGCAGAGGAUUUAAUGAACCAACAUGUUAAUGAGACUGAGAGACUUGUGCUGCAGUCAUCAAAUGCACAGGCGUUUGGGAUGGCUGUGAGCACAGAGUGAUUAAUAAGGAGUGGCUACUUGGUUGUUUCUCAACAUUUAGAAGAGCAGAGGUAGGGAACCAACUGGUGGGAAGCUGGUGUGGGAUUGCUUGACUCGGUUUCAUCUUCUCUCCAAUCUCUUCACCGACUGGCUGCUCACUACAUUCCUCUUUCCUAAUCUCACUGACAACCUGUUUAUGAUUUUUUUUUCUCUUCUCUGGAAUUUUUAUUCAUACCUUAAUAUCCCCGCUGGCUGCCUUCCUUGCCUUAACCGGUAUUUUCUCACUGUCAGCAACAAUGGACCUGACUUUGUGGCAGUAUCAGUUCAGGAUCAUCAUGUUGGGAGACUCCACCGUGGGCAAGUCCUCGCUGCUGAAGCGCUACACCGAGGACAUGUUCCUGGAAUCCAUCAACCAGACAGUAGGUGUAGACUUCUACGUCCACUUCCUGGAGGUGGAACCGGGGGUCCGCGUCAAGCUGCAGUUCUGGGACACGGCCGGUCAGGAAAGGUUCAGGUCAGUAACCCGCUCUUACUACCGCAACUCUGUCGGAGGCCUGCUGGUGUUCGACAUGACCAACCGAGCCUCCUUUGACCACAUUAAGGAGUGGCACGACGAGGUGAGCGAGCGAGUGCAGCCACACAGGGUUCUGUUCAUCCUGGUAGGUCAAAAGAGCGACCGGGAUGCUCACAGGGAGAGGGUGGUCAGCAGAGAGGAGGCCGAGAAACUGGCCGGGCAGCUGGGGAUGCCCUACGUGGAGGCCUCCGCAAAGACGGGCCAAAAUGUGAGGGAGUCCUUCGAGCUCCUCACUCGACGGGUCUACCAGGGUUUGUUGAGCGGCGAGGUAGAGCUGCAAGAGGGCUGGGAUGGAGUCAAGUGCGCGGCCCCACAGGCGCUGCAGUUAAAGAGAGCCAGCCUGUCGCAGCCCAGCACAGCCCCCAAGAACAACAAGAAGUGCUGUGAUUAAAGCGCGGAUUGGCACCGGUCACCCGUGGGCACUCGUGUUACUGUGGAGCCAAAACUGGCCGCCAGGAAGUUGAAUUUGUGGUGGCAUUUUACUGUAAUGUGAGACCAUCAUGAAACACGCUGCAAUUUUGCACCUUUCUUUACAACUUUAACCAUGUAAAAGACUGAUAUUGCUGUGAUUUUGUACAAUACUUUGACAUUCCUGAAAUGAGUAAGAAGUGUUGUCUUAAAUGGAAAGGUUUUCAUUUGUUUCAGGCUUUGAUAUUGACUUAUUUUUCCUUCUGCACCACCAGCUGGCGAACAUUUUUAUUUUAGGGUGACAAGUCUUGAGUACUAUUUAAAUGAUUGUUGUUUACAUGCUUAGGAUUUCUAAUGACUUUGCAGAAGCUAAUCUAAUGCUACCAUCAGGUCAAAAUUUCAGUUUGCCCGUUGCUUGUUUUAAGACCAGAAACUAAUUGACACUUAAAGCAUCAGCUUUGAGUUCCCAGUGUGCCCUACAAAGUGUACAGCCUCGUAAAGCUGCCAGUGAGGUCGUAGACAUUUAAUAGCAAAAUCUAUAGAUUUUUGUAUUUAGAAGACAUAUAGGUUCAUUCUGUUUUUGUGUGAGAUGCGAGGACCGCAGCAUUUCAGAUUAAUGGACUGAAGAGGUCAUUACUAAUCUCUGUUCAGCAGGGGCAGCCAUUGUAAUGGUGACCUCCAGUAGUUUGCGCUUUCUUCCUUCAUCAGCCUAAUAGGUGCUAAAGAAGUGACUGUAACAAAACCACAUUCAAUCUAAAUGCAGAGGAUAAUACCACACCUGCUCUGCUAUUGAUUUUUUGCACUUCAGCCCCUGUUCACUGGAAAAGUGGUUCCCACACCUGGGGUUCCGGACCGACGGUGUAUUUGAGAGGUCACAAGACAGUUAAAGGUAUUUCUUUGCCCUUUUUCUUCGGAAAUACUUUUUUAAAAUCCCUUUAGGAGAGAGUUAAGAAAUGAUUCCACCUGCUCACAGCUCAUGUCCACACUGAGGUCAUAACUUAGAACAAGGGCUUGCAAGCAACAGAGGGUGGGAGCCGACGCACUCCAAGGACAUUCUGCUUUUUUUCCCCCUCAAAAUCCAUUUCAGAACAUACAUCUGAUUCUUUUCUGUGUGAACUACUCUGUCUGUAAUAGGCAGCGGUUAAUGCACUGGGUCCCUGGAUUAAGAUCAUAGACAAAACCAUAGGCCUUUAUGCAGCCUUCAUUCUUCUGCACUCCAGCAGUUGCACGGAAAAGGCUUUGUUGCAUCGACCACUAAUUGCAAGGCAACUUAUGACUGAACUGUUUUCAGGUGCUGUUGUCUAAAAUUUAAUAAAUAAAAUCUCUCAAGUGCC